CAACUAUGUGCGUGCGUAUAAACAGAUGUAGGUAUCAGUUAUUCUCAGUGUGAUUCCAAAAUACUGGAGCAUUGCUUCAACGUAAAAAAUCAACCUUAAUUUUCUAUUACGAGUAAUUUUUUUCGAAAGAAACUUCAAUUGAAAUAAAAUUGGAGUUAUGAAUUUUACCGGACGCGUGCAGUUCCGGCGUCUUUUAUGUCUGAUAGUACGUCAAAAUUUCAAUAGUGAAUGUGAAAACGCAAUUAACAAACAAAUACAUCUGGAAUUGAAGUCAAGCUAUGAUUAUUUAGCAAUGGCUUCGCACUUCGACCGCUGUGACGUAGCUUUACCUGGAUUAUAUGGAUUUUUCAAAGCCGCCAGCGCUGAGGAGCAUGAGCAUGCUGCAAAAUUUAUGGAGUAUAUGAACAAAAGGGGAGGUACAGUGCUUUUGGAAGAGCUGCCAGCACCGCAAUUCAAGUUUACUACGCCUAAAGCGGCGCUCGAAGAAGCAUUGAAUAUGGAGAAAACGGUCAAUGAGUCCCUGCUAGCACUGCAUGCUUUGGCAAGUAAGCACAACGAUCCACAGCUCUGCGACUUCUUAGAGACGCAAUUCCUUACCGAACAAGUGGAUGCACAAAAACAGUUGGCCGAUUAUAUAAGGCAAAUUGAACGCUGUGAAAAGGAAUUGGGUGUGCAUAUAUUUGAUAAUGAUAUCAAAGGGAGCAAAAUACAUUAAGUGGCUAAGAAUGUGAAACGGGCAUGCAAUGUGUAACUAAAUAUAAUUCGUAUGGAAUGAUUUACUAUUGUAGGCGUUGAGGCGAAAAUUAAAAUGCAAUGAAUCGAAAGCGUGGAGGUUCUGGUCAUGUUUAUGUUGAAGAUAUACGUCCGUCAAAAUUAUUGGCAAUUUUUUUUUUCAUAAUCAAAUUUUUUUUAUAUCUUAAUUCAAUGAACAUUCAAAAUGAUUGAUCAAGUAAAAAAUGUGAAACCUAUUGUCAAUUAAGUUUAUUUUAAUGUCUAUCAGAAAUAAGAAAAGCUAUGUGUGUAUGUUUGUUAAGUAAAUGUAAUAAGGAUACUGACUGAAUUUAUUGCUAUUCAUGCAUAUGUUAAAUUCCAAAAAAAGGUAAAAUAAAAAUGUAGCUAAAAACU